AUGAACAUAAAAGAUCUCACACAGGGGAGAAGCCGUAUUCCUGUCCCGAGUGCGGGAAAUGUUUUUCAAAAAAGUCCAAUCUUAAAAAACAUCAGACGCUCCACACAGCUGAGAAGCCAUAUUCCUGUCCUGAGUGCGGGAAAAAAUUUUCACAGAAGGCCCAUCUUAGCACACAUCAAAGACUGCACACAGGGGAGAAGCCAUUUUCAUGUUCUGAUUGUAGGAAAAAUUUUAUUCAAAAAUCAGAGCUUGUUUCACAUCAGAGAUCUCAUACGGGGGAGAAACCAUAUUCUUGUCAUGAGUGCGGGAAAUGUUUUUCAUGGAAGUCCAGUCUUUCCGUACAUCAGAGGUCUCACACGGGAGAGAAGCCAUAUUGCUGUCCUGAAUGUGGGAAAUGUUUUAUACAAAUAUCAGAACUUGUCUCACAUCAGCGAUCUCACACGGGGGAGAAGCCGUAUUCCUGUCCUGACUGCGGGAAAUGUUUUUCGCAUAUGUCACAUCUUUAUACACAUCAGAGAUCUCACACAGGGGAAAAGCCAUAUCCCUGCCCUGAGUGUGGGAAAUGUUUUUCACAGAAGUCCAAUCUUUCCACACAUCAGAGAUGUCACACGGGGGAGAAGCCACUUUCUCCUAAGUGCGGGAAAUGUUUUUCACAGAAGUCCAAUCUUUCAAGCCAUCAGAGAUCUCACACAGGGGAGAAGCCACUUUCCUGUCCUGAGUGAGGGAAAUAUUCCUCACUGA